AUGACGGGCAAGCCACCCUCGCGGUCACGGUCGCCUAUCUUGUCGGUCACGGUGCCACUUGAGCAGAGUGUUUCGAUGACUAAGGUGUUGAAUGGAGUAGAUACACCCUUAGAUGACACUCAGCCUAGCGUCUAUGAGGCCGUCAUUCUCCUGAAAGGUCGGCUGGGACGCACGUGGUCUGAGCGAUACUGCAUUCUCAAUGCACAGUCGUAUAUGCUCGUCUACCGUAAACUAGGAAGCAAUGGGUCUCCGCUACUCACCUUCAAGAUACAAAGUGGGGCUCUCUGCACCAUAACUGAGGGCAGAAAGGACACAUUCGCCAUCCACGUGGUCAAUGCACAGAAUGCGCCCAUCGAUAAGUUUGAGUUCAAUGUUAAGACUCUGGAGGUGGCGAAGCAGUGGCAGACACACCUGCUACAAGCAGCCGAGCGAGAAACAGCGAAGCGGCUGGCAGGUGAGAGGUUGUCUCUGCGCGAUGUGGGAACGGCACCUGCAGCCAUUCGCGAUGUACUCAAACGCGCAGAAAUCAACAGCAGACGGGCAGUAGAGCAGAUGAUGACACUCGCCAGAGGACACUCCAGGCACACCAGUGAGACAUCAGAUAAGCUGCAGCAGGGCAUUGAGGACGGGCUGUUGAUUGACGCCAUGAACCUAUUUCAUUGGCGCACAGUUAAAGUAGACAACGGACUGAGGGUGCAGGCAGACAACGAUCCUGUGCUGACAGUGGACGAGAUUAUACGCAGAAGGCGAGUGCUAUGGAGACAGCUGUAUCUUCUACUGGCUAUUUGCGUGGCGUGGGUGUGUGCUGUGUGGAGUGAUGUGGUGCCAUUGUUGCAUGCUACGCUGUUGGCUGUGGCUACUGUGGGGCUGUCCGUCUAUCACUUCGUCAGUUGCUUUGAGGAUAUGCCCGGUCACCCGAGUGUGCAAGUGGCAGAGGUGGUUGCGGCUGAUCCUGAGUCCAUCUUCGCACUGAUCCAUGACACCACACGGUGGCUGCGCAUAGACCCCUCGAUGAUAGGCUACGAAGUCAUUGAGAAGAUUGACGAACACACCGAGACAGGCGUGCUAGGUCUAGACACUUGUACAUGCACAGGACAUGCGCAUGCACAUGUACAUGCACAAGCGCACGAGUGGGCUAUGCUCAAGUGGUUUGGUAUAGACACCGCUGGGGUGAUUCAUAUAAUCCAUGCUCCGCUGUGGAAGGGGUGGUUCUGGAUGCUUCCACGUGAUCUUUGCCUGACACGGUAUUGGCGGAGGGAAGACAAUGGGGGCUACAUCAUUAUUAUGCAGCCAUUUUCUCCAGUAGACCUAUCGGUCUACAUCAACAAGAACGUGAUACUACCCUCAUUGACCCAUUCCACUGUGUCAUCGCCUACCCCGUCUCACCGUGGCCUCUGUUCACUGUCAUAUCACUUGCUGCAGAGCACCAGCCACCACAAGUGUCCUCCGUCGCCCAACUUCGUGCGCGCUGUGAUUCCGGGGGCUUCGUUGAUGAUCAUGCCAUCCUUAGACAACACGACUGCACGACCCACCUCGAUAGUGCAGCAGACAUGCACGAUGGACCCUGGAGGGUAUUCGCAAUACUUCCGAUGGUUUGAGGAGGACUACACAUUUGUACUGCCCAUAAUGCGCUCUUUACUGUGUCUGAGAGACGCGUUCUCGUGGACCAACUUCGACCACGUGGCCAUCUACAACGGCGAAGAGAAAGAACCCACGAAGCACCAACAGACAGUCAGCGUAGACCACCAGGGCUAUGUCAUGGGCGUCAACAAGCUCAGCACCAACGCACCCACACACAUGUACCACGAGCCACACGCAUCCAAGUUCAAGGUACACGCAGCGCAAGAGACAAAAGGGAAUUACGUACGUGGUCCCAUCUAUCUGAUGGAUGGGAAGAAGGUCACAGCUCAGCCGUCGGCGUUUAAUCUCGUGGGAAUGGAUGUCUUUGCCUUUGAAGACCCGUCACAGCGGUACAACCUCGCCUCACGCCCAGACAACACCAUCUACAAACUCAACCAGCAGGACCCGAAUUGUCCGUUCACAUUUGUGGUGACGUUUGUGGUGCCAUGUGCCGAGAAUCUCUCCGUGGCGUGUUACUACCAGCCCACGGAUUCCGAUUGGCGCGAGAAACGCUCGACAUUCUGCGAUGUGCUGUCAGACUUUAUGGACGGAGACGACAACUACCGCAACCAACGCUUCAAGCUUAUUCCAUCGGUGGAAAAGGGAUCGUAUAUCCUUCGUAAGAUGGUGGCGGGUAAACCGGCAAUCGUCGGCAACAAAGGACUCAAGAAUCCCUACUUCCAUGGCGACAACUGGUUUGAGGUGGACGUGGACGUCAACUCAGAUGCACAUGCGCGAGAGAUCACGUCAAUGGCUGUAGGGGUGACCAAAAGUCUUGUGGUAGACAUCGCCUUCCUCAUCGAAAGCAAAACCGCCGAGGAACUGCCGGAGACUAUCAUCGGCACAGUCCAAUUCGAUCGCAUUGCACUCAAGUCCAUUGCCGUUCCCAUCGCCAAGAACACUCCCACAACAGCCACAGCAACAGCAACAGGAGACCCCACCACACCACACACACACACACCCACCAAGGCCACCCCAGACAACAACACAACACACACACACAACAACACAACGCAAACAGACAACACAACACACUCAGGCAACGUCAGCACACACACCUCAGCCUCACGCUGUGUCAGUGCCAGUCCGUCGCUAGGCACACGCAACGGCACAGGCGACUCUGUCCAGAGCCUUGUGCCAAUGAAGAGCGCGUUGCAGUCGCAGUCCAUGGGGCGACCAAGGAAAGCCAGACAACUAGUCAGAAUACACUCACACUCAACGGAUAGUGUCACGGGCAGCCGUCAGCAGACGUCCCCACAACCACAGCCACACAUGCGCAACCGCUUCUUACGACGACAGAACACAACACCCACGCCAGCAGCACACACCACAGCCACGGCCAAGACUCGCUGAACACAACACCCACGCCAGAAGCACACACCACAGCCACGGCCAAGACUCGCUG